GUCAGUGUAGCAAAUGCCUUGUCGACUCUGGUGUCUUGUUAUCGUUUUCGCGGCGGCCGGCUGAUCUGUGGACAGUUCAGUUCUAAUGGCGUUCAAAAUAACUGUAUUAUUUUUGGUGCUUUGCUAUGUGGGCUGGAUUUAUUGUGACAAACCUUGCGCGGCUCGGCUUAUUAAGGGCGAGUCUGUAGUCUGCGUGUGUAAUGCUACCUAUUGUGAUGAUAUCACGAGGGAAAAACCGCAAAAUGACACUUUCAUUAUGUACACGUCCACUAAGGGCGGUGCCCGGUUUGAGAAAGUUACAGGCCGGUUACAAAAUUAUAAACAUGUGUGCGCACAAGAUUGCAUAAAGACAGAAUUUAUUUUGGAGCCCAAUGUCAGGUUCCAGGAGAUAGUUGGUUUCGGUGGCGCGGUCACCGACGCCGCGGCAAUCAACUGGAUGAAUUUAACUGACCUACAGCUUAGACAGAGUCUUAUCGACUCAUAUUUCAGCGCGUCCGGCCUGGAGUAUAACAUGGCUCGUGUCCCGAUCGGCGGCACUGACUUCUCCACCCAUCCUUAUGCAUAUAACGAGCUACCUGUAAACGACGCCAACCUCACAAACUUCUCUCUCAACGAAGAAGACAAUAAUUAUAAGAUACCAAUGCUCAACGCAAUAAAGCGGGCAGUGACGGCGCCGCUAUAUGUCGUCGCUACAACCUGGUCUCCGCCACGCUGGAUGAAGACCAAUGGUGAAUGGUACGGAUUCACCAAAUUGAAACACGAAUACUACGAGACUUACGCUCUUUAUCACAUCAGAUUUUUGGAGCAGUACUUCAGCCACGGUAUUCCGGUAUGGGCCAUCACCACCACGAACGAGCCUGUCAACGGCGACCUCUUCUUGUCCCACUUCAACUGUCUCGGAUGGACUGCUGGAGACAUGGGUUUCUGGAUAGCCAAUCACCUGGGACCCAUGCUUCGUAACUCGACCUACCGCGAUGUGAAGAUUCUAAGUGUCGACGAUCAGCGACUGAAUGUUCCGUAUUUCUUUAAUUUGAUGGUGAUGAAACACAAGGAUGCUCUUCAAUACAUAGAUGGAAUAGCAGUUCAUUACUACACAGAUUUCAUCGUUCCUCCUUCAGUCCUCGACGUCGUCUCCAAGAGCUACCCUGACAAGUUCAUUAUCAAUACAGAAGCGUGUGAAGGAUCCCAGCCGUGGGAAAGGAAAAAGGUUAUACUGGGAUCAUGGGAGCGAGCCGUUAGAUAUAUCAAAGACAUUAUUACGGACUUGAAUCACAACCUCGUUGGCUGGAUUGAUUGGAACCUAUGCCUAAACAAAGAUGGUGGUCCCAACUGGGCUAAAAAUAACGUCGAUUCCCCCAUCUUAGUCUUCCCUGAAGCCAACGAGUUUGUCAAGCAACCAACGUUCUACGCCCUGGGCCACGUGUCCAAGUUUAUCCAGAGGGGGUCCAGGAGGAUCCAGUGUACUGAGAGGAAGCCUCUCCUGGCUUGGCCUGUUGAUGCUGUGGCAGUUGUCACUCCUGGGGAGGAAACAGUAGUGGUCGUCAUGUAUAGCAGAGACAAAAAGGACAAAGCGAUAAAAAUAAAACUAGGAGACAAACAAGCAGAGCUGAUUCUGAGAGGGAAUUCAAUAACAACGAUCGAGUUGCCAUACAAAAUUAAAUCAUCUAAAUAGAUUAAUGUACUGUCGUCAUUCGAAAAGAAGAUGCCUGUGAUUUAACAUGGAUUUAACAAACAUUUCAUGCCAUAAAAGAUGGAAGGCGCAUUGCCAGCGGGGACAGGGAGGGGCUGCUGUUUACUCGUAUCACUGAUUAUUAGUAUUUAAAAAAAUAAUGGAUACAAUUAAACCUUAUGAUUUAUU